AGCUACAUCUCGUCCACAGUACCUCCCUCGACCGCUGUUCCUCCAGCAUCAGUAAUGCUCCUCCUGUCGUCCUCUCGCGUUCGCUCGCACGUCUCCUUCACCCCACAACCGCAACAGCACGACGUAUUUCGAUUCAUCCACUUUAUUUUGAAACCUCCGCUUUAUUUUGUCGAUAGAGAUGGUUUCCUGCUCUCUUUUCGAGGAUUAUCAAGUCGGUCAGAUUUUGACCUUGAGCGUCAUUCCCGAGCCCGGCGAAAUACGUUCAGCCUCGACGGUCCGCGCACGAAUUCGGCAUCUCCAGAGUCACCGCACGCUUUCUUACUGCAUGAUCGUGGACCUUCUGGACGAAGGUUUGCCCGACAACCCGGUGCUUCUAAAGCUUUACGACAGGCGCUUCUCGGAGCAGCUCCGGCGCGAUUACGGAAUCGACCCGUGGACGAGGGACGCGGAAAAAGAGUACAUCAACUUCGUCUGGACAGGCGCAGCGCGCCAAUUUCUUCACAAUCUCCACACCAUCCUCAAUUUUGAGAUGUACUCGAGCGAGACUUGGAACGACGGCGAGAACGAAACAUUUCUGACUGACCAAGUUCACAAACUCUUCGAUACCGAGACUACUAUGUAUGAUGCCCUUCGUGACAUCCAGGGAAAGCUGGUUCCCCGCCUUGUAGCACGCGUCCAUCUCGCCCUCUCGCUCCCGGACGCCGACAUCGGUCGCACUGACGCCGCAGACCUGCUCCACGUCAAGGGAAUCUUGCUUCAGUACAUCGACGGUUUCCCCCUAGCGAGGAUGCAAAAUCACGCGCACAGAUCUGACUGGCAAGGCAUCGUCGAUCAAGCCGUCGCCGUCGUCCAGGUGGUCGGCGACCACGGCGUCCUCAACAGAGAUGUUGGACCCGACAACUUUAUCGUCCAGCGUGACAGGAGCGGUCGUUACCAGGUGUUCAUGAUUGACUUUGGUCUGGCUCGAUUGCGAGGCAGGAACGAGUCGGACCGUGAUUGGGCCAAAGCCAAGCUGAAUGAGGACGAGGAGGGGGCGGUUGGAUGUUUGAUGAAGACACGGCUUGUUAAAGAAGGCUUUGAGCUUCGAUUUGAGAGGUCCGAUAGGUAUAUGGAAUGGGCCGACGAAGAUGAGGAAUGGGCCGACGAAGAUGACGAAUGAGCGGAUCUGUCGGAUCAGAGCAGGGUGAACCGUCGGACUCGAAGGACUCGGGCACGAGGCCAAAUGUCGAAGCUGCUAAUCAACGACGACUCUCCGGGUGGCCCCGGUUGCGUGCACCCAAUAUCAUACCUUCCGGCGGCUCGCCAGGCCGUGGAUUAUCUCCCGGGCUCUAGAACUAGGGACUCCCGAAUCCACGCUGUUAUGGAAGCCGUAAUCACCCACCGGGUCAGCGCCACUAGGCGUGGCCUAUAAAGAAGCCCUAGCGAGUUCCAGGUUAUAAACAGAGCCGGCCGUAAACUUACGGAGGCAGAAGAGCGUUUCCUCGGGAUAACCCGUUUAGCGUAAUUUCGUUUAUUCGCUAUAUUCUCAAUAGAAUUUUUAAAACGGU